AUGCACUUCUCUUCUUUUUCAGUUGCUCUGCUCUCUGCCGCGGGCGUGGCCAACGCUUUGCCUGGCCUUGGAGAUAUCUGGCCCUGGCCGUCAAAGAUUCCUAACACCAUUGUCAUUGAUGGCUACCGCCUUGUUGAAGCAAAGCUGCGACUUACCUUGGGUGAUAGCACCCUUAAAAAGGAAUUGAAGCAUCUCACUGCUCAGGCAGAUAGCUGGCUCAACCAAGGUCCCUGGACCGUCACCGCAAAGACGAAAGCUCCGCCCAACGGCACACUUCACGACUACUCGUCUCAAGCACCGUAUUGGUGGCCCAGUCCCAACACGCCAGAUGGAUGUCCCUACAUUCAAAAGGACGGCGUACGCAAUCCCGAGGUCGACCAGUACCAAGACCGCGUGUCGGUUGGAAUGAUGUUCAACUCGACAUAUGUCCUGUCGCUGGCCUGGUACUACACCGGCAACCCCAAGUACUCCAAGCAUGCGGCUGAUAUCCUUCGGACCUGGUUCCUCGAGCCCAAGACGGCCAUGAGUCCCAACCUCGACCACGCCCAAAUCAUCCCUUGCGCCAACACCGGCCGGUCAAUCGGCAUCAUCGACUUCAGCCAGGAAUACACAAACGUCAUCGACGCCGUCGCCAUCCUCAACACCGGCGCCCCCGGCUGGAGCAAGUCCGACGGCAAGGCCUUUGUGAGCUGGAACAAGCAGUUCCUGACGUGGCUCGCCGACUCGCCCUUUGGCGUCGAAGAGGCCGCCGCCCAGAACAACCACGGCACAUUUGCCAACAUGCAGAUCGCCGCCCUGGCGCUCUUCACGGGCAACAUCUCCCUCGCAGUACAGCGCGCACAGCUCGCCAAGAGCUUCAUCAACAGCCAAAUCACCGCCAACGGGUCGCAGCCGCAAGAACUCGCCCGCACGCGCAGCUUCCACUACUCCAACUUUGACCUGACGGCACAUCUCCGCUUCGCGCUCAUCGCCCGGAAAGUCGGCGUCGACUUGUUCAAGUACAAAGGGCCGCAGGGCCAGACGCUGUUCAAGGCCGUCGAGUUUCUUGUUCCCGCGGCGGCGGGCGGUGCGAGCGAGUGGACGUAUCCGGAGCUGGGAUUCACGCAGUACGCGGCGACGGAUAAUGUCAGGGCGGCGGCGCAGGAGGGCGACUGGGAUGCUGCCAAGGUGGUGUCGAAGCUGGUUGCGCCUCCUGGGGGGGAUAUUUUUGGGCUGAGGCCGGCGCCGCAGCAGUUGGAUAGCAUUGCGACGGUUGGUUAA